AUGGAGUCAGGAACACCAGUAGCUCAAAUCUCAACGACAAGUUUAUUAUCAAGUCGACGAGGACGUGAUUACAAUGCUCCCGUGUUAUUUCCAGAGUUUCAUGCAAUACCAACAGCUGCUAUAAUUACUGGAACUGAUGCAACGUCAAGCAAUUUAUGGGUGGGACCUUUAAUGCAAAAGCUACGACGGACAUUCCCGUUGUGUCUUGUUGUGCCUCGUGAUGUGACAAGUGCUCGACGGUUUAUUGAGUGGUUGACGGCAAGGUUGGAGAAAUUAUGUGCGGUGAAACACAAGGAAGAGCAUUGGCUUGAAGAACUGGUAGAAAAUUUUGAUCUGUUGCCGUUGGAUAUGCCACCAGUAGCUGUAGAAAACAGCGGUCGACGGCUGACACGACACGAGCGAGUCAAGACAGCAGGAUUUGCCGGUGGACUGUUCGAUGGUAAUGUACAGGAUGAAAAGAACAAACAGAUGGACGAUAUAUGCUACGACUCGAUUUCGGAAUCCGAGGAUAGUGGAGAUGAUGACACUGAUUUUGGGUCGUCAAGGAGAGGGAAGAGUAAACGACGACGACUUGCGCCAGCGGCCUAUGGGCGGUGGACAAUAUCGAAGCUGUUGUCGACAAUUGAACGUGAUAUUGAUGAGCUUGUUGCACGAUCGACUUCAGGAAGCGCUGACUUGGGUGAAGAAAUUACAAAAAAAGAUGAAGAAAGCGUCUCCCGGAGCAUUGCAUGCUUUGAUGAAGCGGUAGAUUGGCUGCAGCAUAAGAUUGUGACGGCUCAAGAUACAGCACCCAAGCUGCUGAAUGCUGCACCUGAUUCAAAUAAUCCAACUACCUCUUAUAUUGGCAUCACGGAGAUGGCGUUAGCGAUAAUGCUCCAACGUGUGUACCUUCAGUACGUGUCGUUUCUGGAGGAAUGCACAAUUGACCGAAUUGCGGUCAAUGAUCGACGAAGAAUUGUAAAGCAGAAAAUGUGUAAGCACGAGAACUACUACUCCCUUGAGAGCGAUGGUAAAUCACAGAUUCCAACGUCACCGCAGACAUCUUGUACUUCUCAGCCAUUUCUAUUGCUGUGUAUUGAGCAACUCGAGUCGUUUUCACAACAGGUAUUUGGCGAUUUCUUAGAGAUUUGGAUACAUUUCGUACGACAGCAGCAAGAAACUCAUCACGCGGGUGAAAAAUAUAGCGGCAUGUUGGGAUUCGUAAUUGGAGUGGCCUCGGCGACCUCACCAGCGCUACGACGUUUAGAUUUGGCGGUAACCAAUCGGUUGGAACUACAAUUCUUCUCUCUUGUUGACUCACGAAAGUGCUUUGACGAUAUACUUGAGUCGUUAGUAGUAAAAGCGAGACUACCGCUUUCAUUUAGCGGUGAAGUGGUCCGAGCUAUUGCGCGCCGACACCAUCGUGUACCAAGCGUGCCACGUCUUUUGCAUGCGCUGCGUUUCUUACUGUUUACACACUUUAGACGCUGUCCGUGGAGUUUUCUCGCACUUGCUGUAGAUGACUUACCAUCGUCAGGCGAAUCUCCGGUCUUGGUAGCCAGUGAUGUUGCAUCAUUGCCAUACCGUGUCUCUAGUUGGAUUAAGCGUCAUCGUCGGAAUCUAACCCGGGAAGCACAAGGAAAACCUACUGGGUGUAGUUCAGCCCUUACGUUAUGGCUUGCUUCAUGCAGUGCCUUCGAGCUGAGAGACUUGGAGUCACGAGUGAUGUCCUCCUCGUCAGGUGUUAUGGCUGCUGAUGACAAUUGGAUUACUGUGUUGGAGACGGCAAUGCUUCAUGAACGUCGCCGGCGAGCUCGCUGGCGAAUGGGCUGGGACUGCUUUCGUUCUACUUGCUCGUGGCUUGACGUGCGCAUUGAUGGCAGCAACGAAGCAAAACAUGAUGAGCAGGAGGAUCUAGCAGUGACGCACUUGGCUCUAGCACUUGAGGGCCGAUUGGGGAAAGCACCACGCUUCAUGGAAGUACUACGACGGCUACAAUUUUGCAGGUGGGCUUUGGUUUCUGGAAUGAUUGAGGAUUGGCGGGCUUCUUUUCGCGUGUUCGGAUCGUCUGAAGACGAUGGAGAAGACUUGGAAACGAGUUUAUGUGAGCUAGCAAUGCUCUGUGCUUAUGCAAGAACCGAAGAGACACCACCAAAGAUGGAGACAGCGCUACGAAAUGAACUCGUGACUGUGUUUACAGAUCGUCUAGUGAGUGCGUUAUUGCAUCCAGUACCUUGUUCAGUGUCUCCUGCCGAUGCACUCGUGACAAAUUGGACUUUGUUGACAACUGUCAAUGUUCUGGAAGCGCGACUUUGUUUUAAAUACUAUGAUAAUCUUCAAAAGGUGUUACAAGAUGCUGGUAUUGGUGAAGACAAUGAUACAGCCAUCCAAGUAUCAUGGGUACAUGAUGUGGGUCUCGCGUUUUUGUUUUAUCAAGAAAGUGCGGGUGCAAGAUUAAGUCUUUGCGAAUGGUAUGAAAGUUUUGCAUUGGAAUUGAAUGAAGAAGCAAAAACUGUCAAGAAGAACAAGAAGAACAAAGACAAGAAGAACAAUGCAAUGAUGGACUCGGCAAUCAAAUCUCGUUUUGUACGAGCACUUUGUACAUUGCGUCAUUGGGGCUUUAUUAAAAGUGACGCUCCUUGUAAUCAGGAGCAGGAUCUGAUUGAAAAGCUUGUAUUUAUCUAA